AAAACCGGAAGCUCUCUGUUGUAGUCAGUCUGUCUUGAUACUGAUGAAUAACAAGUGCUGAAGUGAGCAGCAAACUCACAGCUUCUCCAUCGGGACCGGACUGAGGUCCGACUGUGAGAGAAAUUUUAUGGACUUUGUUUUUAUUCCUGGAGUAAAAGUAGGCGUUUCAUCACAUGUCUGUGAAAGAAACAGAUAACACGGACCAGUUACAUUUAGUUCAACGGUAAAAAUGAGUCCGGUUUUUGUUCUUUUGCUAAUCUGUAUGCGGACCGCGGACCUCCGUCACGUCCGCAGAGCCCACACAGCCGGGGAGGUUCAGGCGGGGUCCGCGCAUGAUACGCAGCAGACGGAGGGUGCUGAAACACAGGAGCCUCUCUCACCGGGCAGGACUAAUCUAGACCCGGUUGAAAGUCCGAGAGUUCCCGACCUGAAACGAGUUGCCCGAGGAGCGAAGGAUGGGAAUUUUAGGAAAAAGGACCCUCACUCACCGAGCAGUUAUAUGCCUCCGCGACGGUAUGACGACCCGAGCGGCUACUUUACCACACCGCGGCCACCCGUCUCAGCAUGGCCGGGUAACUCCUCGUCAGGCAGCGGGUCAGGGCUCCUCAACCCGCUGUUCCCGGGCACUGACGGCUCCUACUGGGCGUACGCAGUCAUGCUGCUCGCGCUCGUGCUGUUCGCAGCAGGCAUCGUCGGGAACCUUGCGCUCAUGUGCAUCGUGUGGCAUAACUUCUACCUGAAGAGCACGUGGAACUGCGUCCUGGCGGGUCUAGCGUUCUGGGAUUUCCUCGUGCUGUUCUUCUGCCUUCCCGUGGUGGUGUUCCACGAGCUUACCUUGAAGAGGUUGUUAGGAGACCUGUCCUGUCGGCUUGUUCCCUAUCUGGAGGUGUCCUCUCUGGGUGUGGCAACAUUCAGCCUCUGUGCUCUGAGUAUUGACCGCUUCCAAGCGGCCACCGGUCCCGGGCCCCUUCAGACGCCCAAGGUGGAGCCCUGCCAGUCCAUCCUAGCUAAGCUGUCUGUCAUCUGGGUGGGCUCCAUGGUGCUGGCUGCCCCUGAGCUGCUGCUGUGGCAGCUCCUCCAGGAGACCGUCAGCCUGCCGACGCAGAGCCAGCAGGGAGGCUCGCUGAUGGACGUCUUUGGGGCCAGACCAGGCACGUUUAAGGUGGAUACCUGUGUCCGUGAGCCGUCUGCGGAGCUCCCAGAGAGCAUCUACUCUCUGGUGCUGACCUACCACGAGGCCCGCAUGUGGUGGGUCUUUGGGUGCUACCUCUGUUUGCCACUGCUCUUCACUCUGGCUUGCGAUUUAGUGACGAGACAAGUGUUAGCCCAGCGUCUACCGCAGAAACCCGCCGGUGACAAGGUGACCAGCAGAUGCUCCUCCUCCUCUUCAGCUUCCUCCUCGUCUAAGAAAAAGCAGCAUACUCGAGAGCAGAGGCUGCGCUCCACCGUGAUGGCGCUCACCAUCUUGUACGUCAUAUGUAACCUGCCGGAGAGCAUUUGUAACAUCACCCUGGCAUACGUCUCUGUAAAUGUUUUAGCCGCGCUCCCGGCUCUGGCUCUGCCAGCGCUGAGUCUGAUUGGACAGUUCCUGCUGUUUGUGCGUUGCUCGGCGACGCCGGUGCUGCUGCUGUGCCUGUGUCACUCGCUCGGCCAAGCCUUCAUGGACUGCUGCUGCUGCUGCUGUGAAGAGUGCCUCCCCACCGGCACCUCCUCGUCAUCCUCAUCUGCCUCAACCACCGUCACCUCCAACCUCUCCUCGCCCACAUCGCCCACUCCAUCCUCCCUGUCGCCUUCCAGCAAAGAUGAGACGAUGAAGAGCUUGUUGGCGACCGAACCAGCCGUCUGCUACGACAGGGUGAAAGACUCUUCAACAGUUAUGGGCACGCCCUGCUGAGGUCCAGAACUGCAUUUAACACAUGUAACUUUAAAGGAUCAUUUAGGUUUACAACAACUUGUUUUUUUUUUCUUGUAGGUUUGUCCAUCAUUUUUUCAGUUAUGAUAAUAUUAUACUCCCCAAGAUAAUAGUGGAGAUCUUGGGGCACUAGAAGAAGACCUACAGGUCGAGAAACAUUAGUAGUCUGAUGAUUAAACAAGUUGGAGACAAAAGUAUGUGGACGGCUCUGUCUCAGUCUGUCUUUCCUCGUUUUGCCUAGGUCUCUUAUGCUACAUUUCCACUGCAUGGUACAGCGUGGCUUCACUCAAGUCGACUCACUUGAAACUGUUCUUAACUGGUUUUCCGUUAGCAAGAGUUGUGGAAGUUGUGUGUGGUAGCAGCAGUGCAGAUGUUCCCGUGUUUGGUUGCCGAUAAGAGGAUCUAGCGAGUGUCACGUUGAAGAUGAUGUCGCAGCAGUUCCACGUGGGGUGGCUAAAUCAUCAGCUAAAAAUCACAUCUACACCGAGGGGUACUGUCUGCAGUGGAAAACGACAUAGAGAAAAAUACUGGUACUAAAAGUGGGUUGAGUCGAGCCGGACCAUGCAGUAUUUGACCCUAUAAAGGGAUAACCGUGUGAGUCCAACUUUGUGGUAACAGUUACAAUAAUUUAUAACGUAAUAAUUAUAAGUUAUACCGUUUAUUGAUUAUUGAUUGGAAUUACAAUUUAGACUCUGUUUUGUUAGUAAUCACUACACACAGGCGUGAAAUACACACAAAUACACACAUGCUUAGGACCUAAUCAUGCACAAAUGGAGAGAUGUCAGAGUCAGUGGGCUGCCAAUGCUGGAACAGCACUGUUUGGGGGGGGGGUGCCUUGUUCAAGAGCACCUGGCAGUGUGGUGAAGUGGCAUCUCUCCAGCUACCAAUCCACACUCUGUACUUUCGUAAGUACAGGGACUUGAACCAGCAAGUGGUUCCCAACCCCACUCCCUACGGACUGAGCUACCCCCAGUUUGUUGAAGGAAGGCCUUUUCCUGUUUUAACGUGACAUGGCCUCCGUGCACAAAGCAAGCUUCAUAAAGAAAUGGUUUUCCGAGUUUAGUGUGGAAGAACUUAACUGCCCAAAGCCCCAAGCCCUGACCUCAACCCCCUUCCAUCACUUUUGGGAGGAACUGUCCAACCUCACUAAUGCUCUUGUGACUGAAAUGGGAGCAAAUCUCUGCGGCCAGGUUGAACAUCUGGUCGACAACGAUGUUCAACAAUCACGUAAUGUUGGCUUGGUCACAUACUCAUGAUCAUCUAAACCACUUUAUGUGGCAGGUUUUAUUGAAGGUGAAACUGGAAGGACAGAAGGGUUAAAGUUAAAGCAGGAUGUGCGUCUGUAAGCUGGGGUGGAUGUUGACAUUGUUGACUCAUUUUCUCUUCCAAGUGAAGUUUGUUUACCUUUCUUUACCUGUCAGACUUGUUUUUAGUGAAAUCACUAAAUCGCAGCUAUUAACUUGGCUUGUACAAAGUUAUCAUCACUGAUAGACAUGAUGGAUAAAACUACCAACAUGAAACCGGAGUUGGAAUAGAUGGAAUACUCCUUUAAUCUAAGUCUGUAUGAACUGGUGGUGUGGAGCCACUGUCUGGAGCUACAUUAUAGUUUAGUGUUGUCCAUUUGUGACGGGUUUAAUCCUUUUAUUUUAGGACUCAUUAUUGUUUUGCAUGUUUUUUUUUAAAUUCUUUAAUGCUCAUUCAGGAUCUUAGUAUCAUCCGCUCAAAGUACUGUAUGAGAUAGAAACACAUCAUUUGAGUUUGGGGGAGUUUUAAGAUGGCUUAUGUCAGCAGACUGACAGACUGCUGGGAACUUUUAGUUUUUUAACAUGAUUUUGCUGUUUUAGUGAGACAGCAAAUUAAAAAUAGGAUGACAUCCUAUCAGUCAAUUAAGUUUAAAGUUUGACUUGUUUUAUAACUUUUCUGUUUAGUAAAGUUUAGAUUUUCUUACUUUUGUGUCACCUGUGAGUAAUUCUUCUGUCUGGUAUACACAUUAUUAACUGAUGCAAACAGAGCUGUUGGAGAAUGCCCUUCCUGUUUUUACAGAGCCUUUUAUUAAUCUAAUAAUUGGAAUAGAAAUGGGCAUAAUGGAUUUGAACUUCCGUUCAGCAAAAACUCUGAAAGUGCUCUUUCUGAUUCUCAUUUUAUGAAUUUGGGUUUUAUACAUCUUUAUGGUAGGUUUUCAUUGGAUUUAGUUUUAGUAUUAGAAUCACAUUUUAAAAGACAAGUCUGCUCAUUUUCAAUAUUUUCAUCAUAGUCAACCAAUCUCAUGGCAAGACCAAAACCAACAAUGAAUUGAUCCUCUUACACGACUUGUCUGUAUAUCCAAAGCUUGGCAUGUCUUCCUCCUCUGGGCCAUAGAAAUCCAAAAUGUUGUCCAAAAACACAUUGAUGAUCCACACUGUUGCACUGAGUGACUAUGUACACAAACUAGUUUAUUUUGUCCCCAACAAAGGCACUUGCAUUUGUCCUGAUUGUCCUCCUUGAGUUAAGUC